GGUCAGUGCCUUUCACACUGUUAAAAAAUGAAGCAAUAGGAAGAAAUUUGUAUAUCUUGCUUUGUGGCUAUGCGAUCCGCUCUUUGUCAGAAAAAAAAUAUCACAUGUUUUAAACUUUGAUAUGCAUUUAUUGGUGUAAUUAUUUCCUAAUUGACAUCAUGUACCGUCCUAUGUCAGCUCAGACCAGGAAUGAGAACUUAAUGCGUGCAAGUGCGACUCGUCGCUUGGCAAGAGCUACGGAUCCAGUGGAAAAACUUCGUCUUCUUUGCUUGCAAAGAGGAUCCAGUGGAAUACUCGGACUAGGCAGAGUUUUCCGGAGGAUGGAUGACAACAGCAACGGUUUAUUGAGCUUAGAGGAAUUCAAGAAAGGCUUAAGUGAUUCUGGAAUGGAUAGAGUAAUUGACGAAUACGACGAAGAGGAAUUAUUUCAGCGGUUCGAUAAGGAUAGUUCUGGUUCUAUAAGCUACGAAGAGUUUCUUCGAGCCGUGAGGCCCAAGAUGUCAGCAAGUCGGCAAAAAAUAGUAGAAAAAGCCUUCGCGAAACUGGACAGGACAGGAGACGGGGUCGUGACUUACCACGAUCUUAAAGAUGUCUACAACGUUCGAUAUCAUCCAUUUUAUCAGAACGGACAGAUGACAGAAAAAGAACUUUUCUUAAGAUUUUUGGCAAAUUUUGAAGUUGGUGGAAAUCCCGAUGGCAUCGUUACUAAAGAGGAAUUCCUGGACUACUAUACAGGUGUGAGUGCAAGUAUAGACGAAGAUGCUUAUUUUGAUCUUAUGGUUCGUCUAGCAUGGAAACUCUAAAUAUGAAGAAAACUGAUCAUAAACGAAUUGUUGUUAUAAAAAUGGAACAAAAUAAAGUAAUCAAUAAAAAAAAACUGAAGGUAUGCAUGAAAGAAACUGAAGAUAUAUCGUUAAAAUAAGUGCAUAAGAAGUGAACCCUUUUGGAUAAAACUACUGUUUUAGUGCUGAUUUAACGUGUCAUAAAUUCAUUUACAAAUGUUUCCAGUGUUUGUUUUCCAAUAUCUUUUUUAAAUCGAAGAAUUCCACCUAAUUUUCAAUUCAAGUCAGAAACGUAGAGUUUCUCAGACUUCCUUGUGAUAAAGUGUUUAAAGAAGGUUGCAACUAAAAAGAAUACAAUUCAAAAAUUACUUCCAUCCAAUUAACUUUUUAUACUGUCUAGUGAAAAAACUAAUUUAUGUUUAAGAUAUUUCUAGAACAUUUUUUUUGCUCAUAUUUCAUUACUUAUAGAGUUUCAGG